ACCCGAUUCUAUUUCGGCAUUUCGUAGGAUUUCGAUGCUGAAUUCGUCGUUUUGACCCACCCUCUCUCGGUCCCUUCACUCAUGCUCACCUGCUGCGGUAACCCGACUCCCCUCAAACUCCCAACACCCACCGUCCGAUCAAAAUCCAACGGUCAUCGAACCCCUCUCUCCAUCUUCCUCCGGUCGUUGCGCCCCCGUCCCUCUGUUUCUGCUCCUCUCCGUUAUUCUCACCCCCAUCUCCGAUCUCCUAAAAUGUCUCUCACCACCGGUAACCUAACCGAGCUAAACGACGAAUCCGACCUCAACGCCCUCUCGUCCCCCGACGGUUACCUCUCCAUCUGCGGCUUCGGCUCUCUUCUCUCCGAGAGGAGCGCGAGGAGCACGUUUCCUGACCUCAGGAAUUUUAGGGUUGGGGUUCUUCGCGGCUUCCGGCGAGUCUUUGCUCACGUCGCGCCCAUCUUCUUCGAGCGUGGGAUUGCUAAUCAAGAAACUGGGGAGGUUUCGAGCUUGAGUGUGGAACCAUGCGAUGGGGAAACGCUGAUAGUAACCGUGUUUGAGAUCGGAAAAUCAGAGGUGCCUGCUUUUAUAGAAAGGGAGAUUGAAUUCAGAUUUUUAGCUGUGAUUCCUGAAAGUUUGGAUGGAACACCUUAUAGUGCUCCAGCUGUGGUUUGUGCUCGUUAUAGCGAUGAGGAGUAUUUACGUAUCAGAUGCAAAGGUAGCAAGGAGAUUUUCUUUCAGAAUUAUGGACGAUAUAAUGUACAUAAGAUAUGGCGGGAUGAUAUCUUACCUUGUCGUGUUUAUCUUAGACAUUGUGUGUUAGCAGCGAAAAACCUCAGUGAAGCUGCGUAUGAAAAUUUCUUGGAUCAUACUUUCCUUGCUGACCGAAAAACAACUAUCCGUGAUUAUCUGGCUUCGACUGGUUCAGGCAUCAUGGAAGAAGAGCCUCCUGAAGCACUUAAGAGCCGCUAUGGCGGAUGAUUAUGAGGAUUUUUCAUGUGGAAUCAUACUGUAGAUGAAUAGUGUAUCCAUUCUACUUUAUGGCUUUUGCUGCCCUGAGGCAUGCGAACUUCAUGCGUAUUACACUUGAACAUAAGUUGAAAUAAUUGUAAAUGGACUAUCAAGAGUUUCAAGAUUGAAAUUAUUUUUAUAAUCAGAUGUAUUUUCAUCCAA